CCUUAGUUUGGCGUUACCUCGUCGGGACAGUUGAAGAACAUUCUGGAGUUGCGAGGUUCUCUGCGCUGGAGAAUUGACCCUCUUCCCUCCCAAAUUGCUGUAUGUAAUAAGGGAUGGCUGCGUCUUCUGUCGAAGUGCUGGGGCAGGGAGGAACAGUGACCUUAGGUCUUUUACCCAAACUCCGUAAGAGGAUGAGUCCCUCCCUCCGCUCAAACACGAUAUAUGCCUAUAACACCUUGACACAUCGAGAACACGAAGAUCAACCAUAUACCACGUCGAAUGCACAUACCCAAACCACCGCCAACUCUUCCUCAUCACCCGAGUCUCUCCCUGCACCAACACAACUUGUCUAUAACCCGCCAGGGGAAAGCCAUUUGCGAACUUCCUUCACGGAUUUCUGCGACGCAGCGUUCGGAGCUCCGCCUCCUAGUUUACCAAAGGCGGCGGAACGCUUGUCAAAAAGUGACACUUUCCUCGCUUACAGAAAGCAAUAUAUAGAAACGUACGAUCACAAAAAACUGAGUCCUACAUACCCUCACGAUCCAGAUAUUGAACUUAUGCGUCUAUUCAACUUGAUAUUGGUCGAGGCUCGGGACUGUGGAUUCACCCAACGCUACGCUCACGAUAUUCACUAUGCUAAGCGCAUUUCAGCCCAAACGAAAAAAUCCAGAUCAGGAUCAUCUCCUACUCCUCAAUGCCUUGGUGUGGAUGCACAAGCAACGGACAACGGAGCACUGCAAUUUGAAUUUUCCAAUGCGCUUGUCAUCAUUGAGGCGAAUACGAGUCUUAUCCCUGUUCCUGGUUCCGACGAAAGCAGAUCAUGGACGCCUUCGUCACAUGGGUCACCGCAACCUUCUCUUGCAACCGCAUUUUCGAUCCAUCCACCUCAUCAUCAUUCCCCUGGAGGAAUGGAAAGACGUCGUCGCGAACCGAUCCUUGAUACUUCUGUGGGGUUUCCGUAUCGUACACAGAAAAGACAAAGGUCCAAUCACGUUGUCGAUUCUAUCAUACCUGCACAAAAUGCUCCCCCUUCUGCCGUUCAGGACGAUCCUCCGUUCCUGAAACAAUACGCGCUUUCCACGCUAUCGUCAGUUGGAAAUAGGCGUCACGUACUAGGAUUCCAUAUUAACGGACUAGAUUUUCAAUUCUGGUAUUUCGACCGUGCAGGAUCUAUCUGUUCAUCUACUGUCAACAUUCUACACCAGUCAAAGCAGUUCAUCACUUCGAUUAUUCAAUUAUCUCUCGCAGACAAGGAAUGUCUUGGCUAUGAGGCUCUCUUUCGGGCUCCAAUGGGUUCAAAACGUCGAUCAUGGUCAGACAUUCGGGAUCAUGAAGUUGAAGUAGAAGGACAUUGGUUCAAACUCAUUAGUGUCGUCCAUUCUUCUUCAUCAUUAUACGGACGAGGGACUUCCGUGUACGAGGCCACCAAAAUACCAAGCACAGCAUCAUCGCACUCUUCGGGCGCAUCAUUUUCUGAAUCCGAUCACGUUGUCGUCAAAUUAUCAUGGCAACCCGUUUCGAAACAUCUCGAAGAUGGGCUCUACCGUCUAGCUCACGAGAAAGGAGUCAAGGGCUUAGCAGCUUUACAUGCGUCAUGUACAGCCUUCGUUUUAUCCGAAGGUCACAUCCGUCGCACGCUUUGUAAAGUUGGAUCCUAUCAAGAUCGCGAGUUGCGUGCGCAAGUAUUGUCACCCUUUUGUGUUCCUUUGUAUACGGUAGAGAGUAUAGACACGUUCAAGGAGGCGUUUGUAUCGCUGGUGGAAGCCCAUCGUGAACUAUACAACAAAGCUGGAAUAUUACAUCGUGACAUCAGCUACAACAACUUAAUGGUCGACUCCAAUGAUCAUACUCGAGGCAUUCUCAUUGACCUCGAUAUGGCUGUUCGCGAUAGAAACCCGGGCACUGGAGAGGUUCUUGAUGUUCCUGCGCUUCCUGGUGGCACUGUAGCAUUCCGAUCCGCCGAUUUAUGUGGCCCAGAACCUCUCCCCCGGGCCCUUUAUCGACACGACCUAGAGUCUUUCUUUUACGUGCUUUUCUUAAUGUGCUACGAGCGCGCGGAUAUACCAGAGAAACGAGAUUACUUCUCAAACUGGAGCUCUGGAACGUGGGCAGAUGUACGUGCUUCCAAGGAAGGUUGGUUGUUGAUUGCACCUUCGGCACCGAUUCCCGAUGCGGUGCCACUUGUUACCACUUGGAUACAGCCCCUCCGACUGGCAUUUCGCAACGGCUAUUCAUCCAGAAACCGGAGGAGCAAACGUCUCCUAUUGAAACCGGAUUUGCAGAGCCCCUUUGACGACCAAACGUUGGGUGAUCAUAUCACAUACGAUCAAUUCAUAACUAUCUUGAAGGCUCCGGGCCUAUAAUCAUGUAAUCAUUGUAUCGCAAGCUCCAGAGCAGCUACAAACUUGGCAUAUGUGAUGUGAUCAUCAGCAGUCUCAACGUUCG